CUCCAGGUCUAGCGAUCUCACAUCACUCAUCCACUCGACAUCUCGCGCCCUCGCUCGCGCCGUCCUUAAUCCGCCAUCCUUCUCAUGCCCCUCAUUCUCGUGCAACAGGAUGGUGACCUUUGUUCCCUCUGUACAGAGGGUGCAACGCCGCAGCGAUAGCUCGCCCCAGUUGGCUGAGAACCAGGCGCCAUCUGGCCCGACCUAUGCAUUCGGCAGCCGCAGCGCCGUAGCGCUUGCGAUCUAUGGCAAGCGGUGGACUUGGAAAUGGGCAAUGACCACGCCCUCGACAUUCCCCCUCUGGAGCACUUCGCCGGACUGGCAGAGCAUUGCUUUGGUGCAACAUUUCCGGCCCUUCCCAGUGACGGCUGCCAAGGAGCUCCUCGUCACAUCCACUGUGCACUUCAGCAACUCCACGGAGGAGAGGUCGCUUAACGGGAGUCUGGUCAACGAUCAGGCAAAUGCAACCGAGCAGCUUCCUGGUCACGACGAGGAACACAAUGUCCGGACUGAGGAAAACUGUGUGCACAAUGACGGCCAGGUGCCCGCAGGCUGUCAGAGCGAGCCGCUUGCUGCCACUCAGACGCACGUAGCCGAGGCCGCUGUCCUCUUGCGCCCACGCUCCCAGCGCUAUCGACGUCGACUACCAGCAGUUCUGGUGCACCGCUGCGGCCCUCAGUCAUCCUACCUAGGCGCAACACCGCUGUCGCCAGCAUCCCAGGCCGCCCCGUCGGACAACGAAGAUCACCCGUUAACGAGUGUCAUCGAUACAUACGAUACGCCCAUUCUGCAGCUUGCGAGCUCUCCUUUCGUGAACAGCGGUCGUCUUGAUGGUGGGGCCACAGGUAUGCUGGUGCGCCUCGAGACCGUCACCCAUCUGAUCAAUCUUACUCUCGACCCGGAGUACUAUUAUGGCUCCUCCUCGCCGACAUACAACGUUUCCCGCAUAGCGGAGCUCAAUAAGGAGUAUACUGAGGGAAGGCGGCACGUUGAUGUCGCAUUGGAUCCUUUUCAUUGGGGCCGCGCCGCGGUAGUCGACGAAGGGGGUGGAGUGUGGAUGUGGUGGGAGGAGAAAGACCGCGGCAAUGAUCGGCGCCUCACCCAUGCCAUGAAGCUAUUGAAACUGCGGAGCCCUGUAUCCGAUCCAGAAGAUGGCUUUUUCCGAGUCGCGUUUGGUGUGCGACCCGACACUCUGCUCAUCCUUUCCCGUGACUCAGUCGUGCAAAUCGACACCGCGCAAACCCUCACCUCCAAUCAUCGCUCCGCAACAUUGCUCUCACUUCGGGAUCCCACCGAAAAGUUCUCGGCCAUUGAACGAACGGCUUCUUUGCGAGGUGGUGUGUUCACUUACGUGUGUACAAACAAACACGUCAUGUGGAUCGACCAGCACGGCGGGGCGCAGAAUCCGUUGCUGCGUUGGCGCCAUGAUAUGGGGGGCGAGCAAGACGAAACCCUGCAGCUUGUCGUCAUUUCGUCGCGAGAUGUUCCCCAUGCGGGUGGUGAGACCGUGCUUGUUCAACAGCCAUCGUCUGGGCGAGUCCACGGUGUCCUCGGCGCCGACCAUGGUCUGGCUGCUUUGGUCUCGGAGCCCUGGGCGCUGAGCGCGCCACAGACGGGGCGUUUCAGCACACUACACGCAUUUGCUCCACCGGCGCACGAGAAGGGCAGAAGUAUCGUGACGCUGGUUGCGUUAGGCGACAAGAAUAUCAGCGUUGGUGAGAUGUUCUUGACAGACCAUGAUGCUGUGGCGGGCAGCUCUGGUUCGUCUCCGACUAUCUUCAGGGCAUCGGAAGUCCCUAAACUGGCUACAGAGCAGACUGCUUCUGAGGCUCCAACCCCGACAGCUCCAGUCAAGGAUUGGGUCAUUCCAGCCCGAUGGGCAUGGCUUUCAAUCAACGACGAUGCUGCGAUUCCAUCAGCAGAUGUUGGCGAGAUGAAGGCGUACUUCAUGGAUCCUGAGGAGAACAUGAAAGUCGUCACCACACGCGCUGAGCUCGCGCACGCUGCCUGCUCUGGCCCACUUACUGUUCACCCUCAUAUCCUGAACAGCAUCAACUACGACGAAUCUUUCUCGGCCAGCGACAUCGCCAGUGUCCCAUUAUCCUCUCAUUUUGCCUACUCGGCGACUACCGGCACGCUCUUGGGGGAUGCGCCGGGCGACCUGUCGGCAAGUCCGCCAGAGGAGGAUCAAGGGCCAGCAGCGAGAAGGCUUCGCAGCGAUCUGCUCCUCAGCUCCAAGAUCGUGUACCCGACAGAUCCUCUGCCCAGGGAGGAUGUCAAAGACGGCGGUCCUAAUGUCGACGACUUGUUUGCCGAGGCAACUGGACAGUUGAGCCUCACUGACCGAGUUCCGGACCUCUCCUUCGCAGUCCUCCCGCCUCCGCCACGCGUAACAGCUUCUGACUACCACGAACAUUCCAAGAUUUACGCCCCCUCACGGUCGGAUAUGAGCACAGCGCACGCGCUACUUCGCGACUGGAAGCUCGGGGCAGAUCCUCUGCAGUACGAGUGGACACCCUCUGAACCAUCUGCGUCACUCCCUCCUCUGGGUCGAAGUGUGACGAGUCCGCCUCCGCGCCAAUUCUCGCCCAGGCCACCAUAUGUGUCAGCACCGCGCCCCGUGAGCCCUCUACCUAGGCUUCACGCCCAGUCGAGCCCUGUGAGGAGGUUCCCCGUCUCGUCUUUCGCAACUCAGACCUUGCCUAUCCUCACUCCUGGUCACCGGCCGGCGUCUCCGACCGUUCCCAGCGACCCAGACGUAUUCCCUCAUACUCAGAUUGAGCGUGGGGCAUACGGCGCUCGCCCGGAAGCUAGCGCUAAAGUGAGAAGAAAGCCUAUCAAGCGCAGACAUGGCUUCUAGACCUGCUGCGAUCAAUGUAGUCACGCAUGCGGAAGCAAGCGAUACGUGUAGUUAUGCAUGUUGUGUAUUGCCCCC